ACGUAGCUGCAAGAGGCGACGAGUAUAUAAUCUCCAGAAGCUAUCCCUACGUCUUCCUCUUACCCUAUCUAAAGCCAAAAAUACUCUACCAGAUAAACACACGUUUCACCAUAAUACCACCCGUAUGUUGAUUGAUACUCUAUUCCACUGGGAAGGGUUGAACUGACGGACAUAGCUUCCAAACGCACACAUCAUGUCUUUCCUUACUCGCGUCGCCCCAACCAGGUUUGCCGUGACCAGCACUUCUUUCCAAGCUUACCGAUCAUUCUCUACAACAUUAGCCACCCAGCGAGGCCCCGUCGAAGCCACCAAGGACGUACUCAAGAAGGCCGAUCGGACUGUGUCUGAUGCUGCUGUCAAGGGUAUUGAGACUGGAGAAACCUUAACACACAAAGCUCAGGAGACCUUGGGUGUCAAGAGCAAAGAAGCAGAAGGAAAGGCCAAGGAGGUCGCUGGUGAAGCCAAGGGAAAGGCUCAUGAGUUGGAGGGCAAGGCCAAGGGUAAAGCCGAGGAGCUUCGCAGUGGACAAUAAGUGAUCUUCGAAGUUUUCGUCCUGAGUGGCUCGAUCUGAUUCCUGAUUCCUGUAUUAUCGGUUUCUAAACCAUGAUUAAUUGCAUUGAUAGCGGUUUAUUGUUGGUUAUCAUCUUUCCAGUUGCAAUUGUAGUUGUACCGACCAUCUGUCAAGACUGCGACAGCAUUAGGACGUAUUCCCUAGUGCUGUGACCAAACUUCAAAACGUCCUUGUCACGUAGCUCAAUAUAUCGACCACCAGGCACAACAUCCCCAUUGACCAUAGACCCGUUAGAGCUCUCCAAAUCAAUCAAAUACGGUCGAACACGACCCAUCUUGUCUCCAAAUUCAUUCUUCUUUUCCACAUAGCGGAAUUGAAUAGCUGCAUGCUGCUUAGAACAACUCGGAUGCUCAAUGGGAAAAUCCACAACAAGCUUUUCCCUCCCUAUCAGCCAGCAGCUACGUUCGCCUAGUUGUACCAUUUCCAACAAAUCUUCAUCUUUGAAGACAUAAAGUCGCCAGUCAUCCUUUGCUGGCGGCUUGCGUGCUUCAGGAGGCUCGUGGUACUUGAGAACUACCGUGCUGCCGUUAACAGCGAUUGUAUUGCUUUCCGCCGCGAGUCUCCCGGUAUUUGCAAAAUUGGGCUUCUCUUUCACUGGUGCUGGCGAGCCCGUCUUGGUGACCUCUGUUGACUCGAAAGCGUCGUUUUGAGAUGGUAACGGACCUCGAGAUCGGACUGGCGCUGCUGGAGAGCGACUACGAUCGCGUCUAUCUCCAGACCUUCGACGUCCCCUAGUUUCCUUUGAACGUGAUCUGUGGCGUUUGUCGCGUCGUGUUGAACGCUCAUCAAGCUCAGAUGAAUCAUGUCGGCGUCUUCGAGUUUCGUGAUCCCUCUUCUCCCGACUUCGUGGUCUGUCGCUGUCCUUUCCGAAGCU